UUUUAUUACAGGUGCAAAAGAGGUGUAUAAAACAAGUUGAUUUGCGUUCAAAAGUUUUGCGUUUUUAAUGGAUUGGGAUGACCCAAGGACAUCUCUGAACAUGGAAACCAUAUCGGAUGAAAUUACUGAAGCAGGAUGAUGCUGAAAAUCUCGCAGAUUCUCAAAACAAUUCGCAAACUGAUGACAUUAUAGAAGAAGAAACAAAUAUGGAACAUUCCUCCAUUACACCAGAAAGUAAUAAAGAUGACACACAGGGACCAUCAAUCAGUGCAAGAGAAGAAAGUCCCAAGAUUCCGUCAUCGGGAGAAGAAUGGUUAGCUGUUGCCGAUAAAUUUAUAAGGCUUUGGAAUUUCCCUAACUGCGUUGGCUCUAUGGACGGGAAACAUAUUAUACUGCAAUCACCUAAAUGUAGUGGCAGUGACGACUUUUCAACUACAAAGGCUUUUUGAGUAUUGUGUUGUAAGCAGUAGUCGAUGCGGAUUAUAAUUUCAUUUUUGCUGACGUAGGCGUUCAAGGAAGGAUUUCCGAUGGAGGCGUUUUUAAAAACACCGUAAUUCAUCACAAGAUGCAAAAUAACCCCUUGGGUUUGCCCUCUGCUAAACCUUUUCCAAACAGACAAAAACAAGUGUCCUAUGUAUUUGUAGCUGACGACGCCUUUCCACUUACUAAACACCGUUUGCGGGGCUAUAUUCAAAAGGGUCUAAGGAAAGGACAUCUAAUUACCGGCUUAGCAGAGCACGCUGAGUAGUGGAAAAUGUUUUCGGUAUUAUUUCGUCCAUUUUUCGAGUGUUAAGAAAACCAUUGCUAUUAGAACCACCAAAGGCAGAAUUAGUGGUCAUGGCAAUAGUGCAUUUGCAUAUUUUUUUGCGAAAUAGCAGAAAUUCUCAAAGUUACAAUUCAGACUUGACAUCAGAAAAUGUAGGGAUAGAUGACAUUUUAACACAGGACGAUACAUUAACAUCUUUCCUACCCUUAAAAACUGUGCCCCGCAGAUCGUCACUUGUCGCAAAAGAAAUCCACUUUGUUACAAAUGGAGCUGUUUCCUGGCAAUCAGAGUUCGCAUAAUAGUGUGUCAAGAUCAGUAAAAAAAUUGCUUACCGUUAUGGUUUCCGUGUUCAGAGAUGUCGUUGGAUCAUCCCGAUCCAUUAAAAACUCAAAACUUUUGAACGCAAACCAACUUAUUUUAUACACUUCUUUUGCGCCUGUAAUACAAAAACAUGUCAAUAAAAUUUGUAUG